AUGUCCUCACCACAAAUGUCUCCUCCCCCACCCCGUGCGACGACGCAGGAAGACCUAUUUGACGCCGGAACUGUACUCCACUUGGUAGAAUUGACUACAAAAGAUGGGCAGUCGGUGAAGGUUGAAAUCCCUGUCACAACUCAAGCACUAAGUACCUUGGUAAAGCGUACUCGUGAAGCUAUCCAAGCUGAAAACCAGGAGAUCACAUUCAUGAUCAGAAGAUUAUGUGCAUAUCAACCUGAUGAGAGAGACACACCCCUCACAUACAUGGGAAGAUGGGCUUUGUGUGAUUCUGAUAGCCAAGCUUAUGUACCUGCAGACAGCACCGAAGAGGACGACCUUGACCCCGUCAGCAAGGACGCUCCUCCAGGGGACAUCGAGCCAGAAGUGAACAACAACAUUGAUGAAGAAGAAGAUGAAGAAGAAAAUGAAAAUGAAGAGGAAGAGGAAGAUGAAGAUGAGGAUAACGUGGUGGAUGCUUCACAAGCAUCAGAUGAAUCAUCUCUGACUAGUGACUUUGCCGAAGUCAGUAACGACAAGGAUCAACACCAUCAGUUUGCAUACAGUGCGAAAAAACGUCUUGGGGAAGAGCUUGCUAAUGUUAUCCCGGGAUUGACGGCGUUCACUGCGGAUGUCAGUCAGGUCCGCGUGAGGAUGACAGAUGCGAGGAUCUCCCAUACAUCCGAUUCGGUGAAGCUGAUUGCCCUGGCUCCAGCGGGGAGCACAACAGUGACUAUCAAACUUAAGGACAAUGAAGUUACGUACAUCAUUGGCUGGGACCGGUGGAAUUUGAAGGGCAAAGUCCCGACAUCUGGAGGUUGGAUCAGUAACCGUUCAAGAGACGCUCAAGAUGAGCAAGAGAAGAAAGAUAUUCACGAUGAACAAGAACUCUGGCUGUGCAUGGUAGACUAUCGGCCAGAUUAUGAGAAGGCUUAUCAAGUGACUCCACCAACUAUUGACACCUCAGACCCAGAAAUUAUCUGA